UAUAGUAAGACAGCAAGCGUCACUAUUAAUUUGUGGGAAAUAUACGUAAACCUAAUGUCUGUUGCUUGUCGAAACGCUUAAACCGCAAUUAUAACUACUUUUGAUAGAAAAUUAUGCACGUCUUUUGCUUGUAAUUUAAGCUGGUUUGAAGCCAUGGGAAUUUCAAGGCACGUUUGCGAAGCGAAUUUGUUACACCGGCGCUGUCAGAAUUUCGUGAAAUAGUGUUUGCGUGAUAAAGUUGGUAUUUUAGCAAAUGGCUGAGCAGGAAGAUGCCCUCAAAAUUCACGAGAACGGAACAGCCACGAGGAGAGGUGAACAGGAGACUAGAAAUUUGCUUCGAGCGAGUCAUGCUUGUCUCUUAGGUUCUGUUGACAAAAAUGGACGACAAAUUAUAUUGAUUCCGCACUACAAGGGAGAGUCAAAAGACCUGUCAGCCGCUUUGAGUUUCAUAACUCAACUUUUUAGUGAAGAUGUUCAGAAGAAAGGCUUCACCAUUGUUGUGGAUGCAAGAAGUGAAAAGUGGACUAAUUUCAAGUCUAUCUUACAAGUCAUCAAAGAAACAUUGUCAUAUCAUGUAGCUGCCGUUUUAAUUCUGAGGCCUGAUGCAUUCUGGGAAAGAAGGAAGAGUGGUCGGUUCAGCAAGCAUGAUCUCACAGCUUACCCUUUUGAUACAAUUCUGCUGUCGUCACAGGUGAAACUUGAACAAUUUGUGGACAGAAGCCAGCUUCCUGAAACCUUUGGAGGAACGUACGAAUUCAACCCUCAGCCAUGGAUUGAUAGGAGAAUUGAGAUUGAUAAGUUGCUUGAAGCUCUUCCAAACACUGGGGAAACAUUGAAUGAACUGCUACAGCAGAUGGAAUCAGACAAGGACACGUCUUUGAGCCCGGAAGAGUAUGAGAAACAACAGUCAGAAAUUGAAACUAGAAUGAACGGCAUUGCUGAGAUAUUGGAGGAAGGCGACCGAAUGCUGGAGGAGAUAAGAAAAGAUAGUCCUGAAGAUCUUCAAGAUGUUUGUCUUCUUGAAGAAAGGAUGAACGCGUUGCAGGAACAGUAUCUUCAAGUUGUUGAACUGUUGGAAACAAGGAAUAAAAACAGACUCGUUGAUGAGAGUAUUGCAAGCUUCAAACACGAUUCAAAACUGGUAAUUGAUUGGUUAUGUGGUCCCGGGGACGAAUAUCUCCUUAAAAAUACUCAGCUUGGAAAUUCUCGGACAAGUGCUGAAGCAUUGAUGAAAAAACACGAAGAAUUUGAAACGCAAACAAAGGACGUCAUCAGUUCAUUCGCGGCCGCACGUGCCAAAGCCAAGGAUCUUCUCCAGUCCCAGCAUCCGAAAUCAGCCGAAAUCCAGGAACAGAAAACGACCAUGGACAAAUAUUGCAGGAACUUUGCAUUUAGAAUGGAAAGACGUCAGUUCCUCCUGAUGUCCUCCAUCAAUUUUCAUCACUGCACCCAAGCGGCGUCUGGUCAUUUGGAUGAUUUACUCAGCGUCCUAUGCACAGAUGUGGAUGAUAAGUUAGAGGAAGAGGACACUUUAGAUAUGCUAGAAAACAUUGACAAGCACACAAAAGGCAUAGCUGAAGCGACCGAAGCGAUGCUUCGAGAGGGUUACGCAAUCUUGGAGGCCCUCAAGACUCCACUGACCGAUAUAUACGGCCAGGAAGUGGACUACGAAUGCGGUCCCUUGGCCGGCCAUAUCAGGAAUACUAUCGAUGAUCUGGUCGAAAGAAAGAAACGGAACGAUGAACUGUGCGAUGUAAGGAAGUUAAAACUACAACAGAUUCUACAGUUACGAUCCUGUGAACGAGAUACGGAUCAGGCGAUCGCUUGGCUGGAGGAACUAGGUAAUGUUAUGGUAUCCUCACAUAAGAACGUUGGACGGACAUUUGAAGAAGCUGGGCGGAUGAAGAACGACCACGAGAAGUUUCAAAGCACUGCAAAGGGGACAUUCGACUACGGAGAACAGGUCGUUCAGGCGGCGUUGGUCCUUCGACGUUCCUGUCGUUUUUCACUCACUCCGGUUCACGAACGAGAAGAGAUGUUGGCGAAGGUCUGGGAACGAGUUGCAGACAUGAUCAUUGAACGGGGCAAGAGACUGGAAGCGGCUGUAGAGUUCUAUAAAAACUCCGAAAAGUUCUUACGUGAUGUUGACGAAUUGGCGAUGGCGUAUGUCCAGGAAGGCACUCUCUCUCAUCUUUCGAUAGAGCAACUCAAAACGGAAAUGAUAAUACACUCGGAUAUCAAGGAACGUGUCAUCAAAGAUUGCCAAGAUACGGUCACGUUUGGCGAGAACUACUUGAAGUGGCUCGCCGCACCUCCGACUGCUGGCUUGGAUGCCGCGACUACUGGCUCGGAUGCUGCGACUGCUGGCUCGGAUGCUGCUUCCACUUGUGCGCCAGUAGCCGAGUGUCUGGCUGAAGUCAAGGAGAGAAAAGUGGAAUGGGAAGAAAUGUGGAAUGAAAGGAUGAACAAGUUGGAAAAGUUGGCCGACGGUGAAGCACAAGCUGAACAUAGCACAUCUGAGAUCGUCCAGUGGGUGAAAGACAUCAAUUGUGAAGUUGGAUUAAGUUUGUUUAAUAUUGGCGAUAACUUGGACGAAGCCCAGACACUCUCGUACCAAUGUUCUAUGGUAGAAAGAGCUGUGAUGAAACGAAGUGAACAGGUAGAAGAAGCUUUAGCCGUAUUCCGUUCAUUGUCUGGCGGCAGUGGCGAGAGUCACUCCAAUGUUGCCAUGGCAGACUCUUUGGAUGAGUCAUGGAAAGACCUAAACAGUCAACUGGAAACACGACGUAUCCUGCUUGAUACCUCAGUGGCGUUUCAUCGCAGUGCUGAUGAGUUCCUCGAAGUAUCAUUUUCUUACUUCAGAGUGGAAGCACUCGGAGACACCCCCUACCUGGGUACCGUUCAUAUUUGGUAG